CACACACACACAGAGAGAGAGAGCGCAUCCAUCCGAGCACCGCAGUCGGGCGCUUGCUGCAACACACAGAGAUGUUUUUGUACCUUCUUGGAAUAGUGGUCUUUUGUUUUCUCUAUCGCUUGUUCAGAGAAAGGAGGACGAUCUCAGAUACAUUUGAGAGAUAUGUGUACAUCACGGGGUGUGACUCUGGCUUUGGAAACCUCCUGGCGAGAAGGCUGGACGAAAAGGGAUUCUGCGUGAUUGCGUCAUGUUUAACUGAAAGAGGCGCAGAAGAGCUGAAAAAAGUCUCUUCCGAACGACUCUCCACCGUCCACCUGGAUGUCACCAAAUCUGACAGUGUCAGUAAAGUGGCUGCACUUGUAAAGGAGAAGGUUGGGACAAAGGGCCUCUGGGGGCUGGUGAACAAUGCUGGGGUGACCAUACCCACUGGACCCUGUGACUGGCUCAGCGCUGAGGACUACCGCGCUGUGCUCAACGUGAACCUGCACGGGCUCAUUGCAGUCACCCUCAGCGUGCUCCCCCUUAUUAAGAAGGCCCGAGGUCGAGUGGUGAACGUGUCCAGUAUCUUAGGAAGGCUAUGUCUCAAUGGCACACCUUACUGUGUCUCCAAAGGCGGAGUGGAGGCCUUCAGCGAUGGCCUUAGGAGAGACAUGGCAUAUUUUGGAGUCCAAGUUAUUUGUGUUGAACCAGGGUUUUUUAAAACCAGCAUGGCUAACAUGGAUUUCAUUCAAAUGCACUUUGAGAAAAUGUGGGAGAAACUGCCAGAGGAAACCAAGGCGGAUUAUGGGAAUGAUUUCUUGGAAAAAGUACGUUGCCUUAUGAAGAAGAGUGAAGCCAUGCUGGAUCCUGACCUGAUGAAGGCGGUGAGCUGUAUGGAACAUGGCAUCUGCGCACUUCAUCCUCGCACCCGUUACGCCCCUGGAUGGGAUGCCAAGCUCUUCUGGCUGCCUCUCUCCUACAUGCCAGCCUUCAUCGCUGAUUUUGUGUGUCGCCAAAUCAAUGUAAAACCAAGGAAGUCGCUGAUUUAGGUUACUUACUCUGUCCAGCUACCUAUGGGUAACAGACUGCAAUUGCCUUUCUAAAUAAGUCAUACUGCUAAAUAAAACAGUACUAUAGAACAUGUAGUGGUAUAAGCUGUUAAGGUCAAGUAGCUGAAGGUCACACACGCACUGGCUGAAACCACUUGUCCCAAGCGGGGUCGCGGUAAACCGGAGCCCAACCCGG